UGGACAUCUGGCCUGCAGUUCUAUCACUUGGUCGCGUGAUCGAAGCAUCGUUUGCAUAUAGCUCUCUACGAAGACAAAUCGAAUUCCCGUCAAACUUCAUCAACAUGGCUUCAAAGUUGGGCGUUUACCUCUGUGUUUUUCAUCGCUUUGGUGAGCACUGAUGCACAGUACAAUGGGAAACUCAUCGGAUCGUUUCCAGAUAUCGCAAAUAAUCAUCAUGACAUCCAUGGUGACGUGUACGCCGUAAGUUCGAAUGUCAUCAGGAUCAUCGGUUUCUCCUACGACGGAACUGCACCAGAUGCCGUCGUAGGGGGAGGAGAGACCGGCAGUGCACCUUCGGGAAGUGGUUUUCCAAUUUCAAGUACGCUGGAAAAUGCGAUGAGCGAUGCAACUCUCGGGGAUCUGACUCUACCUGCCGGGAAGUCGGUCUCAGAUUUGAAGUGGAUCGCUAUCUGGUGCAGGCGAUACAGUGUUAAUUUCAACCACCUCGCGGUGCCUGCCAAUUUUGCAUCUCCAGCAGAACACAAUAUCGGGCAACUCUCUGGAUCCUACGGGCUCUCUGCUACCUCCGUUGUUAUUGUGAAUGAUCAGAAGUUGAGAUUCGAAGGUUUACAGUACGACGGUUCAUGCUCUGGGGCACGGUUCUGGGCGGGAACGGGCUCGACACCAUCCAGCAGUGGACACUUUGUCAGGAAUGAGCAUAACAGCGAUGAUCCCCUCGUUGCUUACUCGGGGGACUCGGACAUCGAAUUGAUCCUCCCCGACGGUGAAUCCGUGUUUGAGAUCGGGUACAUCGGUGUCUGGUGUCAAGGAGCUGAUGUCGGCCACGUCGAUAUUCCUGCGCAGAGUCAGCUCAAACAUUCCUGCAAGGCUGUUGCCGGUGCCGUAGUACUUAACGUGUUGUACAAUAUCAUUCUCUGGCGGCGGCAAUCAUCGUCCUUACUCGCCAGAGUAAAUGUAUAUUAGAGUACCUUGAAAGGUUCAACGGUAUUAAGAACUCUCUCUCUUAUCGAGUUCAAGUAAAAGAUAAAACCUACAUAAAAAUAUUGCCUGUUAGAUUACAAAAAUGCAUAUACU